AUGGCUGAUUCGGAUGAGGAAUAUGUAGGUUCUGGAUCGGAAGAUGAGAUCGAUGCCCAUAUAGUAUCGAGUGGUGCUGGAACGCGCUCUACUCGGAAGAAGCAGCGCGGGGGUGCCACUUUCGAGGUCUCAAGGACCUGGGAAUCCGUCGUUGAGGGCGCGGAUGGUACGAUCAGUUCGACGGUAGAGGGACUAUUAGAGGCUGGGAAGAGAAAGAGGUUACUGCGAGAUACCACACCUUUACAACGAGGAAUCAUUCGUCAUCUCAUCCUAGUCCUUGACCUUUCUCAGUCUAUGGCGGAAAAAGACAUUCGGCCAACACGUUAUUUAUUAGCUCUGAGAUACGCCCAAGAGUUCGUCAUCGAGUUCUUCGAACAGAAUCCCAUCUCACAACUUGGAGUUAUUGGCAUGCGCGAUGGCCUAGCCGUACGAAUAAGCGACAUGAGCGGAAACCCUACAGAUCACAUCACUGCAAUUCACGCGUUGAGACCAGACGACCCGAAGGGACUUCCUAGCUUGCAAAAUGCUUUGGAGAUGGCGAGAGGUGCACUAUUUCAUACGCCCAGUCAUGGUACCCGAGAAGUAUUAAUAGUCUUUGGAUCACUUCUGUCCUCGGAUCCGGGAGACAUUCACCAGACCUUAAAGUCCCUUAUCGCGGACAAAAUCCGCGUGGGCAUAGUUGGUGUUUACGGCGUGGCUCUUAACGAGCAACAUUUCAGGGAACUGAUGAUGGACGUUACAAUCCCGCCAGCAGCAUAUUCCUACAGGAAAUCGAGUAGUGCUCUAUUGAUGAUGGGAUUCCCGUCCCGGACAGUGGAAUCUUUUCCAUCUUUAUGUGCCUGCCACUCAAAACCGUCUUGUGGCGGGUAUCUGUGCUCACGAUGUGGGAAUAAAGUCUGCGGUCUCCCAGCGGAAUGUCCUUCUUGCGGCCUCACAUUGAUUCUCUCGACACAUUUAGCCCGAUCUUAUCAUCAUUUGUUUCCCCUCAUCAACUGGGUUGAAGUACCCUGGAAACGGGCAUUACGCAGCACCAAUUGCUAUGCCUGCGGCAUCCAAUUCCCAACUGUACCUCCCGCGGAUCAAUGGGGAGCUUUUGAGAACCAAGCCAAGGGGAUGAGUGUCAGCAGCCGCUACGAGUGCUCGGCUUGCCAUAAUCAUUUCUGUAUAGACUGUGACCUAUUUGCUCAUGAAAUCGUUCAUAAUUGUCCCGGUUGUCAGAGCACCAACUUCAUGAAGCCUCAUCACAGUCGAGAUGCAGCGUCACCGCCAGUGGAGAGGAUGGAGGGAAUCACAAGUUGA